GGAGUCUAAAUAUAUUGUCAUAUCAUAAUGAGUUUUCAACCAGCAUCAUCGUCAUCGUCAUCAUCACCAUAUUAUUCAUCAGAUGUAUCAAAUUCGAAUUAUUUAACUCAUACUAACACUGAUUUAAGCGAUAAUCAUGUUGAUAGAGAAUAUUUUCAGCAAAAAAUUUAUUAUUAUUUGAAUGAAUUACGUAAUUUUGUUCAACAAGCUCCUUUUGAUAUUCAAACAGGAAUUUCGGAAGAUAUGAUCACACAAUUGGCGCAUAUAUUAGCAGAGGGUAAAGUAUUCCCAACAGUUUCUGAGUUAGUCAAUAGUCAACGUGUAGAAGAACAAAUAUUGCAUAAACAAUUGAUUGAUUUACGUGCUGAACAAUCUGCUUGUCGAUCUGCUUUAAGACGAAAGCAUAAAGAAGAAAUGUCUAUGAAUGCAUCUCGACCACAUCAUCUACCGGUGUUACAAAAAGAACAUGAACAAGAAAUGCACCGUUUAUUGAAAAAUCAAACUGAUGCUUUACGUAAUCUAUCAUUAAGAAUAUUGGAUUCAUUAGAUGGACGUGUUGUUGAACAACAGCUAACUUUAGAACGUAUAGGUGUCCCAGCAUUUCUUCGAACAACAAAUGCUCAGAUAAUACGUAUUCAAAUGAGAAUCUUAGAUUGGAUUGUACGUUUAAGUCGUCGAUCAUUACCACAAUUUUCAAGUUUAUCGAAUCCUGAAACUAUAUCAUCUACAUGGCCUCCAUGAAUCUCAUAAUGUACAUUAAACGUUUUCAUCGUAUCUCAUUUUCGUUAGAAUGUAUUUGAAAGCCUGGUUUUAUUUUCAAUUCAACAUGUUUUACAAGUUUAUUAUUAUUAGUUGUUAUUUAUCAUUAUGAACUUGAUUUUAUAUCUGAUUAAAGCCAUAAAACAGUUUACAUUAUAUAAAAUUUAUAGGUUGUAAAUGUUUAAACUUUAGCUCUUUAGGUUUUUGAUAAGAUUAUUUUGUGUUUUAUUUAAUCAAAAUAAUAAACAAAAUCAGUGUAUACCUUUGAUUGAAUAUUACGAGUAAAUAUGUAAUUGGACAAUGGAAUUAUGUAAUAACUUUUGCACUCAUCAGACUAUUCUUCCAAGUUAUAAAGAAAAUGAAUAUUUAUAAUCUGUCUUCAUCUAAUUUUAAUUUCGAGAUUCAAAUCGAUUCUUUUAUAUACUUAUAUGUGCACUUCUUUACGUAUGAAUAUCACUUUGGAAUAAAAUAGGUUCAAGGAAAA